GCGGUGUGUCGCUCACCGACUUGUUUAUACGUGCUGAUGAAAAACGAUCGCGCUCAACGCUCGAAGCGAGAAUGAUCGACGCUUUAUCUGCCCAUUGUUGUUUCCAACGGUGAUCAAGAAUCAACGUCGAUGUUUAUGCAUUGAUACAUCGAGAUACCGUGUAAUAAGAUAUCUCGCGGAUUGCGACUCUAAGAGGAAAGAAAGGCAGGCGGACGACGAUAUUCGAUCGUGGAAGGCAGCUGGAGUGGUGAAGUAGUAGAAGCGGGGACGACGUGAACCACGCACGUAUAGCGCGACGCACAAGAAUUUUUGCCGGCCGUUAUGACAUUACGCGCGAAUGCGUCAGGCACUGUAAAAACGUGCACAGACCGCCGCCAAACGAGCUCGCACCAGUCCCGCGUUCUUUCCCACUGUCCACGCACGAACAAAAACUGUCGGACACACUACCGUGGUAGAGAAAGUCUCAUCGACGCGUAAUAAUGCAGCAGCACCGAGUCGAGACGCAGAUACUCCACGAGGAGCAGAUCCUGGAGGCGAUAGAUCAACUGCGUCGGCGAAAGGCGCGACCGGACGCCGACCGUAUCUGCAAUUACUUGCUGAGGAAGUUCUCGGUGGACGCACGGGACACCAUAGCCGAUCUUCAUCGGUUGAUCGAAACCGAAAAAGUGAUUCAAGUAGAUUAUAAGGGGAACACCAGUUACCGAAAUGCCUCGAAAUGGUCACGACUGCAGCUGUACAAGAAUCGGCCGGAGGGUUUUGUGAAGGAAAAGCUAAACUCCGGGAUGGUGGCCGGCGCCGUUGCCGAGCUUGUCGUCGAGGAGCCGGAUUACCUUGAUCAGGGUGUACCAGCGUAUAGGCUGAUCGAGCAGUUGCUCGAUGGUAUGUCAAAUCCUACCUCAAGACGCAUGGUAGAAGAUUUUCUCGGGAAAGAGGUGGCCAGUGGUAAUUUGACGCGUCUCUCAAACGGUAAUUACUCGCUGGUGGCGACGUCUGACAUGACAACCACCGCCGAGCCGAUACAUCGUGAAUCUUUUACCAUCGAGAAUGGGAACGCGCGGCGGAAGGAGCUGCAGACUGUUUCGUCGACCACCGGUGCGUUGUACGACUUCGAUGAGACGGAGAACCUGACAAUCACGGACUCGAGGUCAAACACGCCGAGAUCGUCGCGUCAGGCAAGCCCCAAAUCCGAUCCGCAGAUUAAAAAGGAAGAAUGCUUCGAGAUAAUCGUCGGGAGAAACGAGAGCACCGAGUCACCGGUGGAACACGAUCCCGUGAAGGAGCAGGAACCGCAGGAGCCAUCGCAGACAUCCGUCGAGGACGUGAAAGAAGAAUCGAAAAAUACGGAUGGCCAGACUCAUAACCUUAAAAGGUCGUCGAAAGCCGAGCGUAAACAACGCCUACUCGUUCGGACGGACGAUCCUAUGGACAUAGAGAUUAAAUUCGAGGACUAUCGGAAUAAAGAUAAUAAAGAAGAAAUAAGUUCGCAAAAGGAUAAGAGAGAGGAGACCGGACAUCUUAGCGAGGAACGAGAGGACGAGGAUGCGGGAAGAAGUUCCACUAAUCCUUCGCCUACACCAUCCAACACUAACAUUGGCGGUUUUCGCAGCGCUCGCAGAAAGAGAGCGAAAAAAGUGUUUGAUCCUUCUGACAACAACCUUGUGAAAAGAAAACGUGGAAGGCAACCAGGCUCGCAAAAUAAAUCUUCUGUGUCUCAAGAAUCUCAAGAUUCUUCUAAACCGACUGUCAAAGACGGACCUUGCAGGCAAUGUAGUCUCUGUGCCAAAGAAAAGCAAGAAAAUCUAGUUGCUUGUCGUGACUGUACCGUACGAGCACAUCCAAGUUGUAUUUAUAGCCCAGAAGAAAUGAUUCAAAAAGCUGGCAGCAAUUGGCAAUGCGAACGUUGCAAAAGUUGUACGAUAUGUUGCGAAACCUCAGAUGCUGGACCACUUGCAACAUGUUUUACUUGUGACGAAGCUUAUCAUUAUUAUUGCCACACACCACGUAUAAUAAUUCCUAAAUCAAAUUCAAAGUGGCAGUGCAAUGAUUGUGUUCAAAAACAGUAUAAAACAAACUUAAACCAAAAUAUUAAUCUGGCUACCAGUAGGCCCGAUACACCGUCAAAUCCUCCUGUGUUACCCCCGGUUCUAAGUCCUCAAGUUUCUCCUACCAGAGGAUCUUCUGAUCAAAUGGAAGAUGAUAGCCCAAGAGAUGGAAUUGAUCCAAAUAUACCUGAUGCUUCAGAUUGGACAUCUGAGCAAGUGUAUCAAUAUUUCGCAAGACUCUUUCCAAAAGAAGCAGAAGUAUUUAGACAACAGGAUAUUGACGGCCAUUCUUUGUUAUUGAUGAAAAGAUCUGAUGUGUUAAGUGGACUUGAUUUACUUCUAGGGCCUGCAUUAAAAAUAUAUAGACAUGUCCUAAAAUUACAAGUACGAAGAGAUGACCCGAAACUUUAUUGGCUGUAAAUGCCUUAAAUACUUAAGUUUAGUAUAAUAUUUAAAUAAUAAUUACACUGUACAGUUUGAUUUCUUUUAUAUUUAAGAAUUGAAUAUUUUUUUAAUUCAGGAUACUUUUUUAUAUUGUACAUAUUGCAGUUAUCUUGAAUUAAAAAAAUAUUUCUUUAUCGUAAAAAAUUUGAAAAUGCCGAAAAAUAACGUACAGAAUAAUAAGAAAAAUUAAAAGCUGUUGUUUUCUUUGUACAAAUACUUUUGAAUUAAAUAGUUUGAAUGACUUAAUAUUAAUGUAAAUUUUCUUUAUUACAGUAAAAUGAACUUCUUUCAAUAUUCUAUAAUUGUAAUCAAUAUUUUUAAAAGGUGCUAAUCUUAUUAUUUGUUACGUGUUAAAGUUAAAUUUGUGUCUCAUGAUAAAAAUACUAAAAAUUGUUCAGUUUGAAUAAAAUAGUUCAAGCAUGAAGUAUAAUAACAAGUACUAUUUGCAUACCUUCACAUCACUUCUUCUUUAUUUUUUACAAUGUAUAGUUAGAUAAUAAAUAUUCCUAAUACAGUAAAUUAAUAAUAUUCUAUGUAAGGAACAUGAUACUUUGGUUUGAAAUAUACUUUCUUAUACAUUAAUUAUGUUAAUACUUAAAAGAUAUUAUAUUUUAUACAAUUAAAAGAAACGAUAAAUCUUU